AUGUCUGAACAUAAUUCAGUUUAUCAGGCUGAGAUGGCUGCUUUGAGGGAAACUCUUAACUGGAUAUUAAGAGAACUUACUAAGAGACACUGUAUACAUAUAUACUCAGAUGCCCUAUCUGUGCUAACGGCUCUCUCCCGGCCAGAGCCUAAAAAUGAAAUUUUGGAAGACAUUAAAGAUCUGUUUAAAAGAGCAUUAGGAUAUCAUGUUAUCCAUGUUCACUGGAUUAAGGCACAUAUUGGACAUCCUGGCAAUGAGAGGGCGGACGCACUGGCAAAGGAGGCUGCCCUGGGGGAUGGUAUGGAUUAUUUUGAUGUAAGACCGGCUAGAAGAAAGAUGAUCUCAAUUAUGAAGAAUUUUUACUAUGAUAAAUGGAAGCAGGUUUGGUCUACCUCUAUUAAAAGAAAUAGGUUCUUGAAUUUUAUUGAAGUUUCAAACAGAAUGAAAUGUUAUAUGAAUAUUGAUGCCAACCAGAUUAUAACCAAUCAUGGAAGAUUUCCCUUCUAUUUACAUAGAUUCCAUCUCCAGGGCAACGAUAAAUGCCUCAUUUGUGAUAAGAUCGGUGACGCAGAUCACUUCGUCGAGUCGUGUAUUCUUACCCGGGGUGUGAGGCUUAAGUAUGGAGACAAGAAGAUUGAAGAAAUGAUCGUAAAUAGUAACAGAUUUAAAGAUUUUGCUCAAGAAAUAAUGAAAAUUAUUAAUGGCAAUAAAGAAAAGAUCGGAAUUGAGAGUUAA